CACUCUUCUCCUGGCUGUUGCAAGACUCGUGCGGUCAACAGCUUCACGAGUCCCUCUUCACGCUAUUGGGGCGCUGGGCGAUUAGUCCACACGGGACUGUGGCAACACCACCCUACGAUCGAGUGAAGGUUGCCUAGGUUGAAGGCCUACAAAAUACUCUUCAACCCCCGCCCUCUGCACAUACUACGAAAACGAAGGCCAAGAACCACACACUCUCUGCACCCAUGGCGCGCUCACCAGAGCCAGAAGAACCGGCGCAGCCAGCUCCCGAAGCCACGGAUACAACGAUGGAGCCGCAGACGUCUACCAAGCCUGAACAACCCACUUCCCCAGCUAGAAGUGACAAGAGCAGCGAUAGCGAGGGUAGACCCGUGCGCGAGAAGCUUAAAGAGACGAGGAUAGAUGCCCAAGCCGCCUCGGAUGCACCACCAAGCUCUGAUCAGCUUAUGGAUGACGCACCCAAUGGUACUCGCGGCGACAUUAGCACAUCAGGGUCGGAGAGCGAGAGGGGAAGGCUACGGCGGAAGCGAAGCCGCGAGGACUUCGAGGACGACCACGAGGAGGCAAAGCACCCGGAAAAGAAGCACGAGCGGCAUACACGAAAGAAGUCUCGAGACAUUACGAGCCCAAAGGAUAUUGAAAUUCCGGUCCCGCCGUUAACCAGCACUACCCCCGUUCCUAAGAUUGACGAGCAUGAGACAGACGAGACGAUGCACAACAUUGACGAGCCUGCGCCAGCCAAGACGUCGACAACCGAUCGACAGAUCACUCCCGAACCUGGCGUCCCCAUUAAAGAAGCCACCGUCACCAGCCCGAACAACAAGCGCACUCUCGAUCAAGUAGAGCCCUCUGGGGUCCAGAUAGGCUCCAUAACCGACUCCUCAAAAGACACCGCAGCAAAUGCCAACGCGGGGGACGAGAGGGACACGAAGCGACCUCGAGACGAGGUCGUUUCGCAGGCGGCAAUCCAGACAACAGAAAGCGCGGCCAAGAUCCCAGCAGGAAGCGGCUUCUCGAACACCUCCUCCACGUCUCCGUUCGCCGCAAUAUCUCCGAAACCCCAGAUAUCCAACGCUACCGGGAAAGCGGCAGAACACCCUCCACAGACUUCAGACGACAAGUUCAAGAAGUCUGGUUUCAGCAGCUUUUCAAAGUCCGGUGCCUCACCCUUUGGCGGUCUCGGCAAUACCGGAUCCAACUCUCCCUUCGCCACAGCAGGCGGCAACAAGGUCAUAUCAUUUGCGUCAAGUACAGCUACUUCGAAGCCCAGCGGGUUCACCUCUCUCGGAAGCAGCUCUGGCCCGUCAGCCUUUGGUGGAGCCUCAAGCGGAGGCAAACCAGUAUUCGGUGGACCAUUGGGAGCCAGCGCUUUCGGACGUAUCGGCGCUUCGAAAUCUUCUAUCUCCUUUGGUACUGGAGUGGGCAUCACUGGUUUAACCCACAAGCCCGCGCAGUUUGGUGCGGCUGAGAACCAGGCUGAAGAAGAGGAAGAUAACGAGGACGGAUCAGAGAAUGAGAAUGAAGGUGCAGAUGAUGAAGAAGCUGAAAAUGGCGAGGAGCGUUCGGAAAGGGGGAGUCAGCCCAUCCUCCCACCUCAUGCCCCUCUCGAAACGGGCGAAGAAGGCGAAGACACCGUCUGGACCGGCCGCGCUAAACUCUACACUUUGGCUGGCGAAACCGGAAAGAAGCAGUGGCACGAGCGUGGUGUUGGGCCUUUCAAGCUGAACGUCACCCGAGAUCCUCCAACAAGGGCUAGGUUCGUCCUUCGCGCAGACGGUACUCACCGUCUGCUCCUCAACGCGGCCGUUACUCGGAAUAUGGGUUUCGGUGAUGCGGAGGGAACCGUACCAAAGGACGGGAAGUUGUUCUUCACCGCGCCCACUGCCACGGGCGAAGUUGAGUCGCACACUCUCAAGCUGAAAAAUGAACGAGCCGUUGACCUGUACAAAACCGUCGAAAACAUCAAGGAAAGCUUAUAAUGUCUUGCUCAGUUCGUGCAAUGACCCCAAAUAUACGGACAUACCUCCACACCAUCGGUAAUCGAUUGGAUCCAUCCUUUCUCGGGCAUGCCUUUGAGCAUUACAGCAUCUUGGAUAGAAGCUGGACCCCGCUUCCCCUUGUUUCU